AUGGAUUAUAAAUUUUCCAGAAUAUUAAAGAGCACCGGAGGAGGUAAUAGGGGUAACUAUCGGUCGAGUUCAGGAUCGUAUUCUUCAGGCGCCGGCUAUUCUGUAGCUACUGGUACCCAUUCGGAGAAAAUCAGUUCAAGAACCGUCCUACUCGAGAAGGAGGGCGAUGGCGAUGUCGAUAAAUACCCCAAUGAUCAACAGGAUGGGGCUUGGGGAGGUUCUUCACGACAUGUCACAAUUCGGGAAGAGGGCGACUCAGAGAAAAGUCCUCAGGAUUUGGAGAGUGUUAAGGUGAUUUCACCAAAUGAGGAAUGCGCACAUUGUGUGGACGAUACUGAAAGAAUUGAUCAGACUGCAAGUGUUUACGCACGCACCCCUUCUGUUGGUAUUGAGACGUCAAGUAUCUACUCACUGGAUCUUCCGACCAUCAUGUCCGACCAAAAUGAGUUCGCGCUCUACCCUAGAUUUGGCAAGCUCAACUGUCUAAAUCUCCUUCACCUGCAACAGCAUCUCUUUGAUCUCGAACAGCAGCUCGAGGAUCUAAACCUAGAGGAACUCAAGAGUAUCGAAGAGGAGGACUUUAUUGAUAACAUGAGGGAUGCCUUGGAGGGGACCGAAACGCACGGUGUAAGGCAUCGACAACAAUCAAGGGUAUCGAGAGCAUCCUAUAGCUCCAACCUCUCAACUAGAAGUGCUGGGUAUGGGGGGUCCAGCGCUCAAGAGAAAGCCGAUAGAGAGCAUGAAGGUUGCAAGUCUCAAGGUCAUAUUCUUCGGAUACCUCACUCUCUAGAGGGGCGAACAAAGGACCUGCCAAUAAGUUUGAGAAGGUGCCAGUUGAUGGGAGAAGUGGAGGUGACAUUAGGGGCUUAUAACCGAGCCCUUUUGAGCUAUUCCCAAUUAAUUAACCUUCCUAGCGCAUCUACGCGAGAUAGGCGGGCGCUCAAGGUCUGGCUUCAGCGUGCCGAUGACCCUCUUGCCAGAAAUUCGGAUUCGCUUCGAUUCCUGGAUGAGGAUUCUGCUGAUGUGAUAGCACUUUGUGCUCGCGAUUCAGAUAUUUUGGAAAACUUUUUCCAAUCUCGUCUACUCCGUAUACUCGAAAACUGGUCGAUCUGGGCUUUCGUAUUCCCGUCCAUCCGGGGGGCAGUGGCUACAAUCAAGCCAACAAUCCAAUCACGUGCAACCCUUGAGUUCCUGAGGUUUUUCAUCUCCUUGGGUGGAGCAGUGCUGAUUGUUGCGCCGGUCGUUGUUCUUUAUUUUACAAGGUCGGAAUGGGCUUCGGACAAGAAGGAGGUUCUUAUGGCAACCACUGGGUAUACAGCUGUGCUGGUGGUUUUUGUUGGGUCUGAUGCAUUUUCGGAUGCAACUGCUCCAAUGCCUGGCUGA